AUGGAUCACCCGAAUAACAGCGAUAGCAGCUCUGACUUAGCUUUAUCAAGUGAAAAAAAUGGAAAAAAGGGUAAUAGAUUUUUAAAUUGGUUAAGAGCAAGACUCAUAAAAAUAGGGUGGUUUAUAUAUGGUAUGCCAAUUACUGUAUUUUACAGAUAUCUGUGGUUAAGAAACAAAUCAUUAUUAUUUAAAACCAUAGCUGUACAUUAUAUUAUGCCAUUAAUUUUAGAGCUAUUACCAUGGUAUGCUUCAAAAAGAAAGAUUGGUAACUAUUUAAGAACAUCAAGAGUUCAAAUUACACACGUAAUGUCAACGAAUGGCCCCUACUCACACUCUGAAGUAACAAGAUAUGUAAUUUUAACAAUAUACUAUGCAAUUUUAGAUAAUAUAAAUAAUCAUUUAAUAUCGAUUGUCUCACAGGAGAAUAGGCUACAGAUUAAGAGGCUGGUUAUGGAAAAAUUGUUAUAUUCUGAAAUCGGAGCAUUUGAUUUUUUAAAAAAAAAGAAAAAUAUAGGGCCGGUAGAAAUAGAGUACAAACUAUCAUCCUCUAUCAAUACAACCAUUUCGUUUUUUACAUUCACUAUUCCAGAUUUAAUAGCGUCACUAUAUGCCUUUGUUAUUGAAGGUUCAGAGCUAUUAAAAAAUAAAAAUAAAAUCGAUCCAUUAAUUGUUCUACAUCCAAUUUUGAUUGCAAUCUAUCAAAAAGUUAGUCAAAAAUUAAGAGAGCAUUUAGUAGAGAAUAAUGAACUAAAGUUUAAAGAUACAUAUAAUUCAGCAAUGAGCAAAAUGAUAUCAAAUACAGCAGAGGGUCUAUCAGAUAUUCAAAUUAACAAUCUUCAAGAAACACAAUUAAACUUAUUUGACAAUUUAAUCGAUAAAGAAUUAAAGAAUACACAAUCGUUUUCAACAUUAAUUUCAUCAACAUGGAGAUCCAUUCAUAACCGUUCAGUAUUUGAAUUUGCCGCUGAAGUUUGGGUUGCUCAUAAAGUUAUGAACCGUAGAAAUAUUAAUAAUCAAGAAUACAGAACCACACUUUUAGAUAUUAACCGUGUUAUUCGUUUAGGUAAUCGUCUCGUUCAAUCUAUUGGCAGUUUUAAGAAUAUUUAUAAACAUCAAAAAAAAGUUAAAAAGCUAUUAAAUAUACCAACAUUUAUUGAAGAAGAUAGCGAUUUGAAAUAUAUUUAUAAAUUCGACGAAUUAAAAAUUUCAGCAGAUUUGAAAUUUAGCUAUGAAAACAAAAAUGAACCAUCAACACCAGUUUUAGAUUUACAAGACGAAAUGGUAAUUUUACCCGGUAAAAGAUAUGCAUUAAUAGGCCAAAAUAGAUCAGGCAAAUCAACUUUGAACCACUUACUUUGUAAACUAUACACUCCAACCGAAGGUCAAAUCUCUAUGAACGGUAUACCCUAUUCAGAAAUUUCAAGAUCCUCAAUCCGUAGAAUGAUUUCAUAUGUAUCACAAAGACCCUUUAUAUUUCCAGGUACAAUUUUAGAUAAUAUCAGAGUCGGUAAUCCAUCUGCAACCGAAGCUCAAAUCUUAGAAGCUGCUGAUGCUGCUGGUGUUUUUGCUUUUGCCGAUGAUAACUUCAAUCUAUUGAAAACCAGCUUUGACUCUUCCGAAAAUUUUGACCCAGAUAUGGAAAUCCCACCAACUGCACCAUCACCACCAUUAACUCCAUUAAAUAGUAGCUUAAAAAAUACAACCUCAAUUAUUCGAGAGACCGAAGAAAACACUACAAAUAGCACCGAUAACCUACAUAACAAUAGUAGUAUUGGUAGUAGCGGCAGCGGCAAAUUGAGCUCACCAUUUAAAAGUAGUAUCAGCACCAAUAGCCUUAGCCAAUAUAAUAACAUUGAUGUGAUUAACAAAAGCACCAUUAUCAACAACAACACCUUUAUUCGUAGAAAUAGUUCAAUGUCACAAUUAAAUAAUAAUAACAACAACAAUAAUAAUAAUAAGGCCACAACCAUUUUAGAUUCACCAACCAAUAAAGCUUUAAAUGGAGCAGCUGAUGAUUUAGAAUCAAACAAAUUAGUUAAAAGAGUAUGGUCAGUUUUAAAUUUAACCUCAAUGAAUAGUAAUGACGAAUCUGACGAAGAAGAAGAGAAUCCACAUUCAUCAACCCCAAUCAUUGUUCCUCAAAUAGCAGAUGGUAUUUCAAACCACCCAAUAUUAAACCAAUUUGUUGAAGCAGGUGGUAAAAAUAUUAGUGGUGGUUUUGCUCAAUCAAUCGCUUUAGCAAGAGUUUUCGUUAGAACAGAAGCCAAAGUUAUUGUUUUAGACGAAUCCCUUUCAGCAAUGGACUACUAUAAAAAAUUUAAUAUUUGUUUACCAAAGUUAUUUAAUUUUGCCGAAAAACAUAACAUCACCAUCAUUUUAGUCACCCACGAUGUAGCAAGUAUCCAAAACUUAGUCGACCAUAUUUUUGUUUUAGAUCACGGUAAAUUGGUUCAUCAAGGUUCCCACUCUCAAUUAUUACAAGAAAACUCCCCAGUUUAUUACAAAUUAUUGGGCAUAAAAAAAAGAUUUAAAAAUUUUUCUUUUAAUAAUUUAUAA